AUGGGAAGGCUCACUAUUGUCCUGGCCGGUGCCCCCGAGGCCGACCGGCUGGACUGGAGCACACCCGACCUCCUCCAGACCUUCCAGGACUCCAUCGCAGCCUUUGCCCUUCUCCCUCAGCAACCAAAACAUGGUCCACAACCAUCCACAGAAUCACGGGAUAAUUCGCUCCUGGACAUGCCUGUAUGGCGCUCCCUGUCCCUCCAGCGAGCUCACGUCCCCACCGGCUUCUCCCAGCAGCACGACCUGAACAUCGUGAGCCACUUCCCCUCCAGCGCCGACUUCCUCACCACUACUGGCAUAUCCUUCGAGGCCGCCUCUCAGGGACUGACUCAGGACGACGCGGCCGGCCACGAGAGCAGGUUACUGGACGAGUGGUAUGAGCACUCGCUCGCCCUGCAUGACGACCUGGCCUCGUCGCAGCUCGUCCCGCGUGAUUCUCAGGGCCACCACGGCGGUGGAAGCAACGGGGAUGAGCCUUCCUCAGCAGGCGGCACCGAGUACUCCAAGUCCGUCUCGCUUACCACCAGCGACGAGGGGGACACGACGACGAUUCUCACCGCCGACGACGACGCCACCAUCGUCGUGAGGACACCCCUGCAGCCCGGCCGCCAGCGCACCGGCGCCUCGGAUCACCUCUCAGACCUGGAGGACAUCCCGCCCGCGAGGUACCUGGAGUCGAUCCGGCCACAGACCAUGACGGUGACGCUCAUCGCAGGCAUCAUCAGCAUCGCGGCGCCGCGCAUAGUGCAGACGCGCUUCGGCACCGCCAGGUCGCUGGUCGAGGUCCUCAUCGGCGACGAGACCAAGUCGGGCUUCUCCGUGACGUUCUGGCUGUCCGCGGCCGAGUGUGGCUCAGACACGGGCCCGCUGGCCGGCCUCAGGGCCCAGGACGUCGUGCUCAUGCGCAACGUCGCGCUCAACGUCUUCCGCGGGAAGGUCUACGGCGGAAGCCUGCCGAGGGGCAUGACGGGCGUGUACCUGCUGCACCGCGGGCGCAGGCUUGGUGCUGGAGACGAUGGGGGUCACUACUCGGGUGCCGACUUGACGAAGGCUGGGAGGCGCGGGGCGACGACGGUUCACCCGCAGCUGGAGAAGACGAAGCGGGUGAGAGACUGGGUGCUGAAGUUCGUGGGCGGUGGCAGGCCCGCUGCCGGCGAUGUUGGACCCACUCGGAGGUCGGCGCGGACGAGGAAGGGGAAGCAGAGGGCUGCCCCUAGGGAUUGGAACCAGCCUCCACCUUUGGACUCGCAGUGA